UUCUCUACAACCUCAAAAUACAAAACUAAUUUAUAUUACCUCGUACUUGACCCGUGCUCCGACCUCCGACCCAUACCAUGCCGAUCUACUCCGACUCCGACGAUGAUUCGGCACCUCCUCCAUCAAAGCUCUUCGGCCGACGCCGUCCCAUACGUGAAAUUCUCGGAGGAGGGAGAGUUGCGGACAUGUUGUUGUGGAAGAACACCAAGUUGUCGGCUGCACUUUUGCUGGGAAUGACAGUGGUAUGGUUUUUGUUUGAGGUUGUUGAAUACAACUUUGUCACCCUCAUUUGCCACCUCUCCAUCACCUCAAUGCUCGUCUUCUUCAUUUGGUGCACUGGAGCUGAAAUUUUCAAAUGGGAUCCUCCACGGUUGCCUGAAGUAAUAUUAAAAGAAUCAGCAUUCAAAGAAGUUGCCUCCACUUUCCACACAAGAAUCAACCAGUUCUUAGCCAAGCUUUUCGAUAUCGCUUAUGGAAGAGAUCUCCCGCUCUUCUUUCUGGCAAUUGUUUGUCUAUAUCUUUUGUCAGUGAUUGGAUCUUACAUUAGCUUUCUCAAUCUCCUUUAUUUCGGGUUUGUGGCCAUGGAAACUCUGCCAUUUCUGUACGAGAAGUAUGAAGAAGAGGUUGAUCAUUUUGCUGGGAAGGCCAUUUAUCAGACCAAGAAAUCCUACAGAAAUUUUGAUUCCAAGUUCCUCAACAAGAUUCCAAGAGGACCCGUCAAAGAUAAGAAAGUGAGAUAAAUAAAUGCAGUGUUAUUAUAAAUAAUGCGUUUUAAUGUAAUAAAUUCUCUCUAAAUAAUCGAAGAAGAAAGGCAAAUUUGUAUAUAAAAAAAAAAGGCAAUUAUAUCAUCACUUAUAUUAUUGUUUGUUUAUACUCCUCCAUUAUAUGUGAAGUUCUUGGAUGA